UUGUAUUGAAGUAAAUGACUCAAUUAGGAUCACCUCAUGAACUUUAUGAUUUCAUUGAGCAGAUUGGAGAUGGUUCUUUUGGAACAGUGCACAAAGCAAAGCAUAAAACAAGUCAAAAAAUUGUUGCUGUAAAGGUGAUGAAGAAGAAGUAUGAGAAAAUACAAGACUGUCAAGAUCAGUUUGAGCCCAAAUUACUAGACUUGGUGCCCCCACAUAUAAAUAUUGUCCAAAUGUAUGACAGCUUCUUUUCAACAAAUGGUGAUCUAUCCUUUAUUAUGGAAUUUAUGGAUGGUGGCAAUCUAUAUCAACUGAUGAGAGAAAGACGACAACAACAUUUACCACUAAGUCACUGUGAACUACGGACAAUUCUACAUCAAAUAUUAUCAGCGGUCUCACAUAUACAUCAUCAUAAUGUCUUUCAUCGAGAUAUGAAACCAGAGAAUCUAUUAUUAGAGUAUGUUGCAGGAAAACCAAUUAUAAAGCUUGCCGAUUUUGGUUUGGCUCGGGAAUUGAGUAGUCGACCACCCUACACAGAAUAUGUUAGUACAAGAUGGUAUAGAGCACCAGAAGUAUUGCUUAGAUCUACCGAAUACUCUGCCCCUGUAGAUCUUUGGGCUGUAGGAGCUAUUUUUGCUGAAUUGAUUACCCUAGAACCGCUGUUUCCUGGUGAAUCAGAGGUGGAUCAAAUUUACCGCAUUUGUGACAUCUUGGGAAGUCCGGGGAACAAAUUGACCAUUGGUAAAAAGAUUCACAGAAUGGUACGACCCGAAAAAAGACCCAGUCCAGGAUUCGCACGAAAAAAGACAGCGGCAGAGAUCGAACAGGCAGUUCACUCAACCUUAUCCUUUUUGGAUGGUGGUGGGGAAUGGAAGGAAGGCGUCAAGUUAGCUUAUAAAAUAGGUUUCAAAUUCCCAAAUGUAAAAUCAUCCUUUACAAACACACACACACCACAUAUGCAAUACAUGCUUAUUGAUUCAUGUUCUUAGUGUAUACCAAAACCAUUGGAAACGAUCAUACCAGGUGCAACCGAAUCCAUGCUUGACCUCUUACGGCACUUUCUUCUCUUCAACCCUACCUAUCGCUGGUCUGCAGAUACAGCCCUAAAGCACGCAUUCUUUUCAGAAACAGACGAACCUGUGCAUAAUGUCAUUCCUCUCGAUAUCGAGCCGAUCACUCCACCAGACAAACAUGAAUCCAUCCCGAUCGACAGGGGACUCUAUUCGAGCAAAUCACAUAAAUCCAUCA